UUGUACCCUGAUCGAAUAUUUCCUUGAUUUGUCAAACGUCAUAUGAAACGCAAUAAUAUAGAUAUACAACUAUUUUUAGAUACUAAGUGGUUGUUAUUUUCAUUUCAAAGCCAGGAGCUCAAAGAACUACAAAACAAGAUGCCGUUGUUUUCAAAAACGCCCACAGUUGAAGGUAAGAAAGAUACCUACAGUUAGAAGUAAGAAGCUCACAAUUGAACACAGGACGAAUAGACUAGUUUAAGCCAAGAUGCCUUUAGUUGGUUGUAAGGGGCCUACAGUUGAAGAACAAUUAAGGGCAAAUGACAGAGUUUUAAAAAAGACACAGAGAGAUCUAGAGCGGGAUAGAAACAAGCUGGAAAGGGAUGAGAAGAAAUUGGAAAUGGAAAUAAAAAAAGCAGCUAAAGAGGGCAAUAAACAGGCGUGUACAGUAUUAGCUAAACAGCUUGUCAAUCUGCGCAAACAGAAGGCCAGAAGUUACAACACAGGCUCAAAGAUACAGGCAGUUGGCACACAACAAAAGUUGAUGCACUCCAACAUGAAGAUGGCAGGAGCUAUGGGCACCACUACCAAGACAAUGCAGCAGAUGAACAAGGUGAUGGACCCCCAGAAGACAGCCAAGAUGAUGCAGGAAUUCACGAAAGAGUCCAUGAAGAUGGAGAUGUCUGAAGAAAUGAUCAAUGACACGCUAGAUGACAUUCUCACAGAGUCUGGUGAUGAGGAGGAGCAAGAUGCCAUUGUGAACCAGGUCCUUGAUGAGAUUGGCAUAGACAUCACAGGCAAGCUGUUGGAUGCCCCCUCUGCUCACAAAGGCAAGCUGGGUGAGUCGUCCAAGGCCAGGACUACAGACGAUGACAUAGAGCAACAACUGGCAGCGCUAAAGGACUUGUAGUGAUCAGCGUCCUAAAAUAGAUUAAACUGUCUUAAUAUAAGGUGUAUGAUGUCCUUUCUUGUGCAUAUACCUUACACUUCAUUUCUAUAUCAGGGACACUAAGACUUCAUUAAUCCCCGAUGGUUAUUCACUGGUUGUGCUCCCACACAAGGAUGAAUACAGAAUACCGGAGAUUAACUGUUUGUUCACAUGGUGAAACUAAGUUUAUUAACACAAUACUUUUGAAUGGAUAUACUACAUUGACACAAUUUGCUAAUUUUCAACAUUUUUGACGUAGGAAGAUGAUAGUUAAUACAAAUUUAACAAUGUAAAAUUAUUAUUAUCAAAGCAUUGUUUAUACACAUAUUUUUUCGUCAUACGUUAAUUGAUUUGAUAUUCAGGUUUGAUUUGAUAUUUCAUAGCAUAUUAUUGCUAGCUCCACUGUAAGUCAUGAAUAAUAUUUCGCAUUGUGACUUAUGAUGGAAACCUAUUUCCAGUGAUUUUGCCUGCAUUACUGAAAUAAUGAUUUUUUCACAUGUAUGCGCUCCAAAAAUACAACAAAAAUGAGGAAAAACCAUCUUUAAGUAAAAUUAUCCAAAUGUAUCCAUUUUAUACAUGUUAACAUUUUAUUGGUCCUCUAAAUUGAAUGUUUACAUAAAUUGCAAACUGAAGCAGACGACUUCCAUUAGUGUAAACACAACACGUUUAUUUCCAUUUGAAUUGAAGUACUCCCCCUUUGGUGUGACGUCACCGGAAAUAAGUCAAUCAUGAAAUAGUGACUGUUAUUGCAGUGUGUUUGGAACUAUCAGCUGUGCUUGGUUAAACAUGCUGUACAUGUAAAUAAGCAAAUUUGAGAUUGAUUUUAAGGGAAUUAAAAAAUUAUUUGAAGGUUAAUGUUUGUUGUUGAAAUGGGUUAUUUCAGACAUUAUGUAACUCGUUUUCUUUAAUCAACGGUAUUUGGUCACUGGAAAAUAUCCUAUCAUGUUCUCAACUAUUUAAUAUGAAGUAUCUUUUUUGUGCAACUUUUUCAUGAUGUUUUAGUUGUGAAAAUAAAUUUCAUCAAGUAA